AUGAAGAUUUGUUUUGAAACGUCUCAAAAGCAAAUCUUCUCUUGGUUCCCUCCUCCUCUACUCCCCUCGUCUCCCCUCUUCUCCCCUCGUCUCCCCUCUACUCCCCUCGUCUCCCCUCUUCUCCCCUUGUCUCCCCUCUUCUCCCCUUGUCUCCCCUCUACUCCCCUCGUCUCCCCUCUUCUCCCCUUCCAGCAGGUGGUAGAGGAGAUGCAGCCGCUCGUUCUCUCUUCCUUCUCCUCCGUCCCUCUUCUCCGAUCUUAUCCCCACUCUGCUCAGCUGAGGGCGCUGAUAGUGGCACAGCAGCAGCAGGAGGAGACGGCAUUGGAGCAUGUGAGGCGAGUAGUGGGGGAGUGUUUGCUUGCUCACUCUGUUGGCACCGUCUCUCCUUCUGAGUCGACUCAAAAGCCGUCUCUCCUUCUGAGUCGACUCAAAAGCCCUGAGGGCGCUGCGGGUGGCACAGCAACAGGUGGUGGAGGAAACAGCAUUGGAGCAUGUGAGGCGAGUGGUGGGGGAGAUGCAGCAGCUGAAGCAGCAGCUCGAUGGCAUGGUGAGGGGUGGGAGCUUGGCGAGGGGUGGGGGGAUGGUGAGGAUGGUGAGGGAUGGGAGUAUGGUGCAUAG